AUGGGUUGUGGACAAUCAAAACAUGAUGUCGUUACUGGUAACACCACGAUUGUCCGAAAAACAAAUGACAUCUCGGAUGUGGUUUCUUCAGACCAGCCACAAACCACCGUAGAAAAUAAUACCAAUAAAUUAGAGGGAAAGAAACCUGGAGGAGAUUGUGACGAGACGCUGGAGGAAGAGACAAAUGAUGAACAAAAACAUGAGGAAAAGAUAACAACCACUUUGCCGUUGGUGAUGGCGACAAUGUUGGAAAAUAUUAUGACGGAAGAAAGUGUUAACGACGUAAAUGAGAGAAUUUGGCCUAUGGAUGAACAAAAGGCAGAAAUAAUUGAUAGUGAAACAGUUGUAGAAGAGGAAAAAAGUACUGAAUACAAAAUUUUCAAUGACGCUGACACUAAAAUUCCACUUCUCGAAGUUGAAGAACCAAAGCCGGAGAUGGAGACUCUAGUUAGAACAUAUUCAAAAAUUUUGACCACAAAUGAUGUUGAAAUUGCUAGCUCCGAAAAUGUUGAAACAGAGUCCAAAGAAAACAAUGACACUUCUGUUUUGAAGGACGAAGAUAAAGCUAAUCUUGUAGUGAAUGUGAAAACUGUUGAUACUGCAUCCACAGAAAAUGAUGACACUUCUAUUAUAAAGGAAAAAUAUGAAGUUAAUCUUGUAGAGAAUGUAGAGACAACUGCCUCAGAAACUAUCAAAAUUGUGCCCAUAGAAAACAGUAACACUCUUGUUUUAAAGGAUCAAGAUGAAGUUGAUCUUGCAGAGAAUGUAGAGACUGUUAAAAGUAUGUCUACAGUAAUUGAUGACAGUCUUGUUUUAAAGGACGAACAUAAAAUUGAUCUUUUAGAGAAUGUAGAGAGUACCGCCUUGGAAACUGUAAAAAAUGUUUCUGCUGGAAAUGGUGACACCCCUAUUUUAGAGAAUGAAGACGGAGAUGAUCUUGUAGAGUGCAUAGAGUAUAUCAAAAGUGGGUCCACAGAAAACGAUGAUACUCUUGCUCUAAAGAAUGAAGAUAAAGUUGAUGUUUUAGAUAAUGUAGAGAUUGCCACCUCUGAAAUUGUCGAAACUACAUCCACAAAAAAUGUUUUAAAGGAAGAAGAUGAAGUUGAUCUUGUAGAGAAUGUAGAGACGGCCGCCUCAGAAGUAGUUGAAAAUGUCCCCAAAGAAAUCCAUGACACACAUGUUUUAUAUGAUGAAGCUGCUCUUGUAGAGUAUGUAGGGACUGUCAAAAGUGUGUCCACAAUAAACGAUGACACUCUUUUUUUAAAGGAUGAAGAUAAAGUUGAUCAUAUAGAGAAUGUUGAGACUUCCGCCAUGGAAACUGUCGAAGUUGUGCCCACAGAAAAUGAUAGCACUCAUGCUUUAAAGGAUGAAUAUGAAGCUAAUCUUGUAGAAAAUGAUGAAGAUGAAAUAGAUCUUGUAGAGAAUGUAGAGACUAUUGAAAGUGUCUCCACAGAAAACGGUGACACUCUUGAUCUAAAAGACGAAGAUGAAGUUCAUCUUGUAGAGACUGUCGAAAGUGCAUCCAAAGAAAACAAUGACACUCUUGUUCUAAAGGACGAAGAUAAAGUUGAUUUUGUAGAGAAGGUAGAGACUGUUGAAAGUGCAUCCAUAGAAUAUGAUGACACUCUUGUUCUAAAUGACGAAGGUAAUGUUGGUCUUGUUGAGAAAGUAGAGACUACCGCUUUAGAAACUGUUGAAACUGUGCCCAUGGAUAAUGAAGAAGCUCAUGUUUUAAAUAAUGAAGAUGAAGUUAAUCUUGUAUCAAAUAUAGAUACUAUUGAAAGUGCGUUCACAGAAAAUGAUGACACUUUUUUUUAA